AUGGGACAGGCCAAGGCCCAUCUUUUCAAGAACAAGAAUAUACCCCAGAGGAGUUUUGGGAUUGAUUAUGACUGUGACUGCUUUGUCAAGGAUGGGAGACCUUUCCGUUACAUCUCAGGUAGCAUUCACUACUCACGGGUGCCCCGGUAUUACUGGAAAGACCGCUUGUUGAAGAUGAAGAUGGCAGGACUUGAUGCCAUUCAAACGUAUGUGCCAUGGAACUACCACGAAUCCCAGCUGGGCGUGUAUGAUUUUUCUGGUGACAAAGAUCUAGAGUAUUUCCUGCAGCUUGCUAACGACACUGGUUUGCUGGUUAUCCUGAGAGCUGGACCUUACAUCUGUGCAGAAUGGGACAUGGGAGGUCUUCCUGCAUGGCUGUUGGAGAAGAAAUCUAUUGUUCUCAGGUCUUCCGAUUCAGAUUACUUGGCAGCAGUAGAGAAAUGGAUGGGUGUCCUCUUGCCAAAGAUGAGGCCUCACCUCUAUCAAAAUGGAGGUCCAGUCAUCAUGGUGCAGGUAGAGAAUGAGUAUGGAAGCUACUUCGCUUGCGACUAUGACUAUCUGCGUUCCCUUCUGAAGCUCUUUCGCCAGCAUCUUGGGGAUGAGGUGGUGCUGUUCACAACUGAUGGUGCAAGCCAGUUUCACCUGAGAUGUGGAGCUCUUCAGGGUCUUUACGCAACAGUGGACUUUGCCCCAGGUGGCAAUGUCACAGCAGCCUUCUUAGCUCAAAGGGGCAGUGAACCUACAGGCCCUUUGGUUAAUUCUGAGUUUUAUACUGGAUGGUUGGAUCACUGGGGGCACCGUCAUUCUGUUGUGCCCGCACAAACCAUAGCUAAAACACUUAAUGAAAUCCUGGCACGUGGUGCUAACGUUAACCUGUACAUGUUUAUAGGUGGGACUAACUUUGCCUAUUGGAAUGGUGCUAAUAUGCCCUAUAUGCCACAGCCCACUAGUUAUGACUAUGAUGCUCCACUGAGUGAAGCGGGGGAUCUGACAGAAAAAUAUUUCGCCUUGAGGGAAGUCAUUGGUAUGUAUAAGCAGUUACCAGAAGGUCUUAUCCCUCCAACAACACCCAAAUUUGCAUAUGGGAAGGUUCGCUUGCAGAAGGUGGGCACUGUGGAGGAGGUUCUUGACAGGCUGUCACCUGCGGGACCAGUGAAAAGCAUUUACCCAUUAACCUUUGUUGAGCUAAAGCAGUAUUUUGGGUUUGUACUGUACAGAACUACGCUUCCAAAAAACUGUACGGAGCCAACACAACUGUCUUCACCUUUAAAUGGAGUCCAUGAUCGUGCCUAUGUCUCUGUCGAUGGGAUUCCUCAAGGUGUCCUUGAAAGGGACAAAUCACUUAUGAUAAAUAUCACUGGGAAGGCUGGAGCAAAUCUGGACAUCUUGGUAGAGAAUAUGGGCCGAGUCAACUUUGGUAGAUACAAUAAUGACUUUAAGGGUCUAGUUUCAAAUUUAACUCUUGAUCAAGACAUACUUGUUGAAUGGGAAAUCUAUCCUCUGGACGUAGAUGGAGCAGUGAACCAUGACAUUAACCUUGACCGACCAAAGAGAUCUGUUGGUGAUCCACUGAGUUAUGAAGCACCUACUUUUUAUACCGGUAGACUUUCAAUUCCUGGAGGGAUUCCAGACUUGCCUCAAGACACCUAUGUCAAAUUUCCUGGCUGGACAAAGGGGCAAAUUUGGAUCAAUGGCUUUAAUCUUGGUCGCUACUGGCCGGCCCGUGGUCCUCAGCUGACCCUUUUUGUUCCAAGGAAUAUACUUGUUUCAUCGGUGCCAAACAAUGUAACAGUGUUGGAGUUGGAGCAUUCUCCUUGCAGCACCCAGGCAUGCGAGAUAGAAUUUGUAGACAAACCUAAUAUCAAUGCAACCGCACAGCAUGAAAAUGAUGCCCCCCAACUCUUUGUUAGAGACAUAUGGCUGAACUAUCUAUAAGGAUUUGAGUAUUUCCUUAUCUCCCCCCCACUUUGUUUCCCUUUCCCUCAAACCAUACUUCCCUUUUUUAAAGACUCAUUGUUAAUCAGUAAGUUGUUUAGCUGCGGCAACUUUUUAAAUUCUUCAAGGACUUUUUUGGUUUUUUAAAUCUACCAGAGUUAAAUACAGAAAUUCUCUUGAAAAAUAAAAGCUGUAGCUUUCGUCUUUGCCUUGGACUGUGAAACUGAACUCAACUGGAAGAUAACAUUCACAUCAGUCUAGUAAAAACAUAGUCCUUGUAGGCAGCUUACAUUGCAGGAACCCUUUUAUGCUUUUUUUUUACCAUGUUUUGCAACUGGAGAGGAGCCUACAAAAGGGGUGCACAGUCCCACUAGCUUGCUGUUUACUCAUGUGGACUGGUAGGUCAGAGCUGCCAAUAGACUAGAUGCUUUCAGCUGAUUUUUAUCAUCUGGUUAGUAUCAAUAAUCUGAAGGGGCUCACUGCCAAUGUUGAGUGGACCUCAUUUUUUUCACCUCCCUGCAAGUGACCUUGGAAAAAUUUCAGGUGGUUUCUCAUGGGAGCAGUGAGAAGAGAGCACUCAAAUGCAGGCUGGUCCAAACAGCAGUAACAUGGAGGGACCUUGUAGUCUGCAUCUGUCCCCUCUUGGAAAGCCAGUUUACUGCAUGCCUUCUGCUGUCUCUGAAGACUUUAAGUAAAUGGAUAAGUACAAGGACAUACGUAAAAUUUAGGCUGUUUUGGUUGGACUAUAGCCUCUGAUUAACCUGCCUGCAGAAUGUAGUCUUAAAAUGAGCCAUUUUUCCUUUUAAUGGAUCCUGUUUUUUUUCUCCCUAAUGGGCCUGGAGUACCUGUUUUUCAUAGGCCAGCACCUUGGAAGUGGAAAGCUUUAAGUUAAAGAAUUUUAAUUCUCUUUUAGUCAUUGAGAUUCACAACAUCUGUUUUGUUCCAGUAAACUGAUGAUCUUUGUAAGUGCCUGAUAUUUGCAAAGAUGCACAAUCUCUGUCAGUAAAGCUGACUUUCUACAACA